AUGCCUACAGUUACCGAUGCUCCAGUUUGGGCAAAUACGCCUGCUGUGGGGAGUCCAGGAACUGUGGCUCCUUUCGCGCAGACCGAAAUGAAUCAAGGACCAGCGUUUGAUACAGCUACAAAUUCCCCAAACAGCUUCUCGUUCAACAAUGAGAAUCAAGCCACAAGUUGUCCGUUGAGUGGUCAAGAUCAGAUGCAGUCGAUGAUGGCGGCUCCAGCGUUCUCGUUCGGAAGGGACAAGAAGUGA